CAAUUGCGCAGUGCAAUCCGCAGCAGGCCCGCCAUCUCCAUUCUCUACAAGCACUAGAGCAUUUCGCCCCUCGAUAUCGGCGUUGUUUCACUACUGAUUCAGUACAUUGUAAACGAGAAACAGGUUCGUGAGGAUUGUCUUAGCGAUGGCGGCGACUUCCAUGACCCGGGCUGGGGGCCUGCUUGCCCUGGAGCGCGCGCAGCGUGUAACCAAGUCCACCGGCGCCGUGAGCUCCAGGACAUUCCUGGGUAACGUGAAUGGCCUCCGUGCUACCGCGGCGCCAGUGCACGCAUUGCAGGCGAAGAACUUGACGGUGCGAGCUGGAGCCGAGAAGUACCAGGUCAUCGAGCCCCUCAACGGCGACCCCUUCAUCGGUGGAUUCGAGACGCCCGUGACUAGCAGCCCCCUGAUUGCCUGGUAUCUCUCUAACCUGCCCGCUUACCGCACCGCUGUUGCUCCCUUGUUGAGGGGUGUCGAGAUCGGACUCGCCCACGGGUACCUUUUGGUGGGUCCUUUUGUGCUCACUGGACCGUUGAGGAACUCCGCUGUUAGGGGCGAGGCAGGAAGUCUCGCCGCUGCCGGUCUCGUUACUAUCCUCACCAUGUGCCUGACGAUCUACGGCAUUGCUUCCUUCAAGGAAGGUGAGCCUUCCAAGGCGCCCAGCCUAACCCUCACAGGAAGGCAAAAGGAUGCUGACAAGCUGCAGACUGCUGAGGGAUGGGCCAGCUUCACCGGAGGAUGGUUCUUCGGUGGUCUGUCGGGCGUGGCCUGGGCCUAUAUAUUGCUCUAUGUCCUCAACCUCCCCUACCCCGUGAAAUAGAUUUGUCGAUAGUUUUGCUGAGGCAACACAUUGUAAACUGUUAUUGUUUUAUUACAGGCAAAACAAGUUUUCUUCUCACACAAGACUUUCUUGCAA